AUGGCCUCCAUCGCCCCAGCAGCCAAGCUGGCUGUCCUCAUCGAUGCAGACAACGCAAGCGCCGCAAUGAUAGCUUUCGUCUUGGCUGAAUUCGCAAAAUACGGCACAACGUUUGUCAAGCGCGCUUACGGCGACUGGACCAGCAACCGCUUGAACGGUUGGAAGCCUCAACUUCUCCAGAAUUCAAUCCACCCUAUGCAACAGUUUGCAUAUACCUAUGGAAAGAACGCCACAGACUCGGCGAUGAUUAUUGAUGCCAUGGAUUUGCUAUACUCUAACAAAUUCGAUGGUUUCUGUAUCGUGUCGAGUGACAGCGACUUCACGCGUCUUGCCUCAAGGAUCAGAGAGUCGGGAUUGGUGGUUUACGGGUGUGGAGAGCGGAAGACGCCGAAGCCUUUUGUCACGGCGUGUGAUAAGUUCAUUUACGUUGAGAAUCUUGUGCCGAGAUCUGGGACUCCAUCGAUCGAGGUUGGCGUUGCUGAACCAUCAACUACGAUACCGCUCAAUGGGGUAUCGCCGAGCGAGAGACCCCCACGCGGCCACGCUUCAAUCUCGGCGUUUUCAAAGGGUAAAGGUCUUUUGAUGGACUCACCUGCCCCUGCAAGGGGAUUGACUACUGAGCAGCCUUCCCCAGGACCUUCAAAUCGUGUACAAAUCGCGCGUCUUCCCGAGAGGAUCGAUUUCCAGAAGGACCGGACUGAACCGCGGGCGCGAUAUAACGGCGAGUCAUCCGCGGGGCCAUCCAAUGCACAGAACCUCAAAGCCGAGCCCUCCGAUGCAGCACCGUACAUUCCCGCAUGGAACAGCACAACAAACGGCAAACGCAAAAGACUCGACUCCGAAGCCAACAGUCCCGCACCAAACAGACCCCGAGCAACAUCCCCCGAGCCGGGCGAAUUGCAACCUGAGCAGCGACCCGUCGAUGAUCAAGUCAUCGAGUGGCUACGCGAAGCUGUCGAAGCGAGAACCGGCGAAGAUGGCUGGGCUGGUCUUGCGCCUGUUGGAAUGCUCAUGAACAGAUGGCAUCCGGAUUUCGAUGUUCGGACGUAUGGAUUCAAGAAGUUGCAUGAGUUGAUGGCGUCGACGGGUUUGUUCGAGUUUAUGGACCAGCGUCCCGGGGAGGGGAAGCCGAUUGUCAAGUAUGCGAGGUAUCUCAUUGAUAGGGAUAAUGGGGGUUCGGUUGACUCACGUCCAACGGGGAUAGUUUCUCACGAUAGCUGA